AUGGCAUCAGGGUUCUUCCUCCUUGUCCUUUUGGCUCUAUCGGCUUCUCAUGCUCUUGCCUCCGACCCAGGCCAGCUCCAGGAUUUUUGCAUCGCUGACAGGACAUCCCAAGUUUUUGUCAAUGGAUUUGCAUGCAAAGACCCAAAGACUGCCUUGGUAGAGGAUUUCUUUUUCUCUGGCCUUCACAUGGCCGGGAACACGAGCAACAAGCAAGGUUCUGCAGUGACCGCAGUUAACGUGGCGCAGAUUGCUGGGUUGAACACUUUGGGCAUCUCCCUGGCCCGUGUCGAUUAUGCACCCUACGGUCAAAACCCACCGCAUAUCCACCCCCGUGCAACCGAGAUCCUGACCGUGCUGGAAGGGCUGAUUCACUUUCAGUUCAACUACGGAACCAACAAGGCGAUAGCCAUUGCAGCGCUGAGCAGCAAAAAUCCUGGAGUGAUCACCAUAGCCAAUACAGUGUUUGGAUCGAAUCCAUCCAUCUCAGGUGAUAUACUUGCCAAAGCCUUCCAGGUGGACAAGAAGAUGGUAGACCAUAUUCACGCUCAGUUCUCGGAAUACGCCACAUGA